AUGGAAUCCAGUAGUUAUAUACUCAAACUUCAGCUAAUAACAUUAUUUGAUUCUAUCAGCUUUGGACUGAUUUAUCCAUUCCUUCCCCCUUAUUUGCUAGUACUUGGUGGCAAUAAUGUGACUGCAGGAUAUCUAGCAGUCCUAACUCUAAUAUGUCAACUAUUAUCAUGGAAUAUUGCAAAAGAUAUUGUCAGCUACCAAGGCAAAAAGACUGCACUGUUGACUAUGUUCAGUUUUAGUAUAGUGUCUCAUCUUCUACUUAUUUUGACUGGUAGUUGUUGGUUCACAAUUUUUGGUAGAUGCAUUUUUGCUUUAACCAAUCAGUCAAAUGAAGUAGUAAAGGAGUUGUACAUCAAAAAGAUAACCAAAGAAGAAACAGAAUUCCAGUUGUUGAUUUAUAAUGUUCUGAGUUCUGCUGGCUACAUAAUUGGUCCAGUGGUGAGUGGAUGUUUCUUUGAUACUGGAUUUCCCUUGAUUUGUGUCCUAGCAGCAGUUCUUACCCUCAUCAAUGCAUGUCUUGUUUUGGCAAUUCCUACAGAACAAGAUGACUUGCCAAGUGAAGGUCCUGAAAAAACUUUAUCAGAAAGAACCAUUGGCUACAUUUGGAAAGCUGCAGACUUGACCAAAAAAUCAGAUUACAAACAGAACUGGGACAUUCUAGCCUUGAAGUUCUUGUACACUGCAAGUUUUGCAAUAUUUUUCACCAAAUUCCCAAUGAUUCUGAAAACAAAUUAUCAGUCAGACUCUGUCACUAUAGGGUGUACUACUGCUUACAUCAACAUAGCAAUGUUCAUAGCAACUUAUGUCACAAAAAAUAUGCAAGAAAAGCUGAGCAGUAUCCCUGCAAUAAUUUUAUGUCAACAGGCACUAGUUGUGCUAUUUUUCUCCAUGCUGAUAGCCUGUUAUUCCCCAAUGUAUCCACUAUUUGCACUUUCAGUCAUACCUAUCACAUUUGGAAGAAGUUACAUUACCACUUCUUGGAGAAAAGUCUAUUCAGAGAGAAAUAAUGAGUUUUUGGAUCAUGUUAAUGACUAUGUGGGGAUACUUGUAGGAUUAACUAUUCCUAUUUUGUUUGGAAUUGUUUGUGAUAUGAUAAAAUUCAAUGCUGUGGUACUGUUCUCAAUAUUACCAGUACUGUUGGCAUUGUAUAUACUCAAUAAAUAUACAUGUGAUUUUGAAGAAUUGGAGGGAAUUGACAAGUCCAAAGAUGACUAG